AUGGUGCAGAUAAAAGGCAAAACAUGGGGUUAUUUAACUGUAGUUGGAGCUUUUCUAUUUCAUUUGUCAUUUGGCUACAACUACACAGUUGGUAACAUGAACUCCUACUUAAUACCCUAUAUGAACAUCUCGUCCGGUCAAACUGUCUGGUUUCAUGCGGUGGUUAUUUCUGGGCAAGCCAUUGGUAUGCCACUUGGUGGCAUUCUGGAGAAGAAGAUUGGAUAUCGCCUAGUUGAAAUAAUCGGAGGAGUUUUAACAAGUGGCGGUGUGAUGCUUUCCUCAUUAACUGUCUAUUACGGUCUCGGUCCAUUCAUUGCUACAUAUGCAAUCAUGUUCGGUAUUGGAAUGGGUAUUCCCUAUUCCGUUUUAUUCUCGUUAGCUGCUGAUUGGUUUCCGAAACAUCGGGCGGCAGUGAUCGGUAUCAUUCUUGGAGGUUUGGGAAUGGGUGCACUUGUUUUUACUCCAUUCCAAACAGCCCUCAUUAAUCCAAAUAAUUUACAAAAUAAUCAUCCAGAUGUACAGGCCAAUGUGCGGUUGUCCUUUGUCAAACUAGGCGCUUUCAUGGUCGUUCUGCAAAUAAUAGGCUUUAUUCUUAUUCGAAAAAAUCGUAGUGAGGAAGAGGAAGAGUUUGACGUAUUUUCGAACAGAGACGCUAUCAGCAUUGCCAGCGAAACCGCUACUGAGGUCUACGUGGAAAGACACAACAAACAACAAGAAGUCCACAACUACACCAUCACAGAAGCCAUGAAGUCAAUUGACUUUUACAUAAUUUGUGUGAUGAUUUUCCUUGAUACUGUUCCUAUCACUCUGCAGACAUCAACUUAUAAGGUCUUUGGCAUUACCUUGGGAAUCGACGAUAAAUUCCUCUCCACAGUUGCCACGUGCACUUCCAUUUUCAAUUGUAGUGGACGCGUCAUUUGGGGUCUUCUCAGUGAUCAUUUGUCAUUCAAGAUUCCUUGUGGUUGGUUUCUGUUGCAAUGGGGAAUUCUCUUUGGAACCCUCCCGGCCAUUGGCAUGCUUCCAAUGAAUGCCUUGAAACCGCUCUACACAAUUUGGGUCUUUCUCCUUUUCUUCUCAAUGGCCGGUCACUUCGUCCUAAUGCCAGCAGCAUGUUCGCGCAUUUUUGGUCCAAAAAAUUCGGCCACCACAUACGGUCUCCUCUAUUUUACAACGUGCCCCAGUGCCCUCAUACUCGCUGCAAUUACGUCCACUAAUGACAUUACCAACAAUUUCAACUUGGUCUUCUUUUGUUGCUGUGGUCUUGCUCUAGCAUCGUUUGUGUUGCACUUCUUCCUGAAGGACAGGUUCGGUAGACUUGUCGGUCUCACAAGAUUUUGUGUGGAUAUGUGCAACCCUUGCAGAUAUGUUCCAGUCGAAGUCAAUGAGCUGGAAAAUAUGGAAGAUAACACUGAAACUGGAACUCGUAUUGAAUGA